CGUGAGCGCCGAUGUGGCCGAGUUUCGCGCAGAGCUUGGGGUUUGCAGGACGAGGACGCAGCGCGCGGCCGCCGCUCCGGCGCGGGAGCCGCGGGGGCGCGGCGGCACAGCGACUGCAGGUACGAGCGCGCCGCCGCGACCCGCUGGCUGCGUGGCGCUGCUGUGCUCCGGCCGCCCGACCGCCCUCGGCGCCGUGCGACGCGCCCUCGACCGCGCAGACGGGCGCUGGCGGCUGCACUUCCUGCGCCUGGACGGGCUGUCGCUGCUGCUGGAGGCGCUGGGCCACCUGCGGCCGUCGUCGGUGGCGGACGCCGUGUGCGUGCACGAGUGCGUGGCGGCCAUCCGCGCCGCCGGCAGCACGCGCUCGGGGCUGGCGUUCCUGGCGGCGCGGCCGCGCCACACGCGCCAGCUGGCCGACGCGCUCGCCAGCCGCAACCCCACCGUGCGCCUGCAGGUGCUGGAGCUGCUGUGCGCCGUCAGCCUCACGUCGGAGCGCGGCCAUCGCCUCGCGCGCCGUGGGGAGCGUCACGCCUUCCAGCCGCUGUUGGCCGAGCUGGCAGCCGCUGACACGGCCGUGUACCGCGCCACCGUCCUCGCGCUGCUCAACUGCCUGUUGCUGGGGCAGCCGCACGUCGCCGCCCGCCACCGCCUGCGCCAGACGCUGUUAGACAUAAUUAAAAUCUGUUA